GCCCUGAAGCUGAAGACCAUUGUGAGAGGAGAUGCCCCGACCAGUCUUGUUACCACAGGCCUGUGCAGAAAAGAGCCAUGGGAGUCCCAGUCGUUCUGCAGCACGUUCCCAUAUGAGAUUGUGAGCGCAGACUCCUGGGGUCAGUCUCUGCUGGUCGCCACCGACGCAGCGGGGGUCAUGCUGCUGGAUGGCCCAGAUCCAGCUUCAUCCAACGCUGAGACGCAAGCUCUGCCUCCAGUGCAGGUGUUUGACAAAACCAUGGUGGUGAAGCAGAUGCAUGUUCUCGAGCCUCAGGACCUGCUCAUCACCAGAGCCGACAAAGGGAAGGAUGCUCGACUCUAUGUGUUCAGACUCAACACGCUCAAGAGAGGCCUGGAGGAGAAGCAGCUCGUCCGGAACAAGUGUGACAGUCGGGAAAAUAAACUGGAGAAAACUAAAGGCUGUCAUUUGUACUCUAUCAACACCCACCACGGCUCCGAGCUGAGGAUAGUAGCAGCCAUCAGGAACAAACUCCUCCUCAUCACCAGGAAACAUCUGCGUUUCGAGGGCUUCAGCGCCGUCUCCGCGGGGCCAGACUCGCCGGUGGAGGAGUUCCAGUACAUACGGGAGAUCUGUCUGUGUGACCCUCCGGUGGUGAUGGCUCUGGUGGACGGGCCGACGGGGGAGAAUGACAACAUGAUCUGCGUGGCCUACAAACACCAGUUUGACCUGAUCAAUGAGAGCACUGGAGAUGCCUACCGGCUACAUCACGUAGACGCCAACAGGGUAAAUUUUGUAGCAGCCAUUGAUGUGUAUGAAGACGGCGAGGCGGGUCUGCUGUUGUGUUACAACUACAGUUGUUAUUAUAAAAAAGUUUGUCCGUUUAACGGCUCCACACCCAUGAUCCAGUCCAACACCUCUGACUUCCACUUCAGCUGGAACCAGAUGCCCAACGCUAUCGUUUGUGCAUUUCCUUACAUCCUGGCCUUCACAACGGACUCCAUCGAGAUCCGACUGGUGGUAAAUGGAAACCUUGUGUACACGGCAGUGGUUCCAGAGCUACAGUUGGCUGCUUCACGGUCAGACAUCUAUUUUGUUUCGUCGGCUCCGGUCAGCUCGGCCUCCAACUGCAGUUCAAGAGAUACCAGCUCCCAGAGUUCCCCGCAGACGCCCACCGGCUACGAGAUGCCCGUGUUCCCCUCGCCGCUCGGUGAUGAUUCAAUACGGAUCCCCUAUGGUACCAAGCUUUCCCUGUACAUGUCUAAGGAUGCCGAAGGAGAAGCAGCAUGCAAGCACAUGUUCAAGAUCCCUCUGUGUAACUUGGUCGGCCGGAGCAUUGAAAGACCCCUCAAGUCCCCGCUGGUCAACAAGGUUAUGACGGCGCCGGCUCCGGCUAUGUUGCCGCCGACUCCCCUGAUCUCUGCAACACACUCACUGUCCCUGUCACGCAUGGAAAUCAAAGAGAUAGCCAGCCGCACACGGAAGGAGCUGCUUGGCUUGACAGAGGAACCAAGUGGGAAGUCGGACAGUGGAACAGUCAAACAGAGGAAGAUGAGCAAGAAGAACACUGAGGAAGAGCCCAAAGCUCGAGCACUGACGUCAACAAACAGUGACAGCAGGUUAGCAUCAGACUCUUUUGACGCAGACCUGGACGUCCAGCUGCAUUGUUCGUCCAGUUCGGAGGCCGAGCCAGAGAAGGCAGUGCUGCGGGGGGAGAGCCCACCUCUCGCCAGCGCGUUUGCCCUCUCUACAUCGUUUGAAGAAGAUGUCCUGGACCUAAAGUGAAGACAAUCCCAUCGUGCACUUCUCUGCCCGCCCACUCCUGUACUGUCACCAUUAUUUUUAUUGUUUCGUUUUGGUUUGUUUUUAAGUAGUUGAAUCCUUUGUUCUUGUCGUUUUUUUGUUUGUUUGUUUGUUUGUUUGUUUGUUUGUUUUAUAUCUAAGGUCUCUCCAUUCAUUGGACAAGAUGGGUGCGGUGGGAGUUAGAAGCCGUGUCCGUGUUCGUGAGCUCACCCUCAGCCGCUGUGUGUUGGGUGUUUGUGUUGCCCCGCACGAAAAAAAAACCCAAAGAGGCA